GUGAGCAUGUCAGUACAGAGCCUUCUCCUCCUGUUAAACACAACGAGAAUUUUUAGAGCAAGUGUGCCUCAGCUAUUCACUCAAUGAAUGACUUCACAAGAAAUGCAUUCUCUUGUGGGGUCUCUCCCUCCCAGCCUCAACAAUUUACUUCAAAAUGUGAAAUUUGUGGAUUGCCAGAGAGGCUCCACAUACCACAGAGAUCAUUUAUUCUCCUUCAUUCAAAGGCUGUGGGAAAGGCUGUUCUAGAGCUCAGUUAAUUCAAAGGUGACAGACACGCUUGUGGAGUGCAGCUGCCAGAAGUCACUGCUUUGAAGUUAACUCGCCUGUUGUUUUACUGAUGUAAGAUGGAGGAUGGAAGGAAAGUCCACGUAGUUAUCAUUGGAUGGGCAUGCACCACCCUGUGCUUGGUUUCAUAUACUGCUGCCUUCUCUCAUGGAGCGAGUCUUUCUGCCUGUGCUGACAUGAUGCCCAAGCACAUGAGAGCUCAGCUGCACAGUCCCAGGAACAACUACAUUACUAUCCAUACCAAUAUGUCCUUCUUCCCAGGUGACAAGGUACCAGUGACUGUGAGGAGCAGCCGGGAUUUUAUGGGCUUUUUGCUUCAAGCUCGCAAGGUGUCUAAUGAUGAAAUUGCUGGCACAUUUGUUUUUAUUCCUCCUGGUUCCAAACUGCUGACGUGUUUUGAAGAUGGUGAUACUGUCACCCACUCGGACAAAUCCCUGAAAAGAAACUUGUCCUUUGUGUGGAAAGCACCAGACCAACCCAUUGGAGACAUCAAGUUUUUCAUAUCUGUAGUCCAGUCAUACUUUGUUUACUGGGCAAAGAUUGAAUCUGCUAUUGUGGCUCAACAAGUGCAGAACAAAACAUCUGCUGAUAGCCAUGAGAAGGCCAAGCCUCUAACACCUGCACCCUUGCAAGAACUCACUGACCCACAAGUAACAGAUGCCACCUCUCCCACUGCAAUUACGAGCUUCCCUCAGUACACAAACACUCUGCCUGGCGGGCUGACUGGCAUCGCUGUGACAGAAGUACUGGAACCGGGUUUUGGUGUCCAGAUAGAUACACAGCCUGUUGCUGACCCAAAGCUGUUGUCUCAGACUUUGGUGGGUGCCACGGCCUUGGCUGCAUCCAGCAGAAGUGGAGGAAGUAGCAAUUUCAGUGGUCAAGGGCUGGAGCCAUCACUUGCUUUCCAAGGACUGGGCCUCACAAGCACUUUGCAAAGUUUCCUCUUCCAAGACUAUUCCACCAGCUACACCACCUAUGACGGAACACAAAGUAUUGCCAGCGCUACCAAAACACACUUGUGUUUGGCAUGUAAAGAAGGCGGGCAGGUGAGUACUGAGAACUGGGCUGUCUCUAAAACCUCCCUGUAUGCAACAGCUUCUCGUUCUGCCCCACAUAUAUACACUCACCUGCUUGAAACCGCUGCGACAACAGCCCAGCUUGGCAAUUCGGACACUGUCAGCAAUUUGUCAUCAGCUUCAAGGCAAAUGUCGGAAAGAAAGCCAGCACUGCAGUCAGAGGAGGCAGGCUCCAUGGGCGAAGAGGAGGAGGAGGUCAGAGAGGAGGUGGCUGGGAAUACACUGGCGUGGGUGACCAGACCAGUUCCUGAGUCCGCUGUUCCUGGGAAGGGGCAAGACUCUGGCAGAGGGACUCGACUCAUAGCAGCCCAACUUGGCAUCCUCCUUGUCGGCACAGCUGUCCUGGGCCUGGCUCUGGCAGCUGGGCUGCGCUGUAUCUAUGCCCAAUAUUGCCACAAGCGGACGGAAGUGUCCUUCAGCGAACCAGACAACGACGUCAUCACUGUGAGAGAAAACGGGGAGAUGAUGCACUUCCGGAAGAUCCGGGAGAAUAGCUUUGUGCUGGUUCAGGCCGAGUAUAACUGGAUUAGCCCAUCAGGUAGCGGGAAAAAGACCAUAAUCUAGACAUCCGCAACACUUAAAACAGUGCUGUGUAGUUGAGCCAGCUGCUUGUGUAGGUGAAUAUGACUAAUGCCUAACACAGAUUAUAGGAAGCAGUAGUGUAUCUCCUGUAUGUGCAGCCAUAUAGAUAAACAAAUUCUAGCCAGGAAAUGGUGGGGAGGUGCAUGUUUGUUUCGAUCAUGAUACAGAUGCAGUGAGUUCAGACAGAGGUGUUAGUCAAAAAAAUCUAAAUUACAGCUGCUAAGAAAAUGUAAGCAGAUAGAUUGUUCUGUGUGUUACACUUAUCACAGUUAAUGUUGUACACCUGCUCAUUAACUGUGUCUUUGCAGCCAUUACACUUUCUCUGUUGCCUUAAGGGUG